AUGGCUGUACUCGAGAACCGUGAGUGGGUUUGGAUUGUGAAUCUAUUUUGGCUGUUGCUUUGUUUUCGGGAUUCUGUUUCUAGACAAAUUACCUAUUCCAUUUCCGAGGAGGUAAAACCGGGGACAUUUGUUGGGAAUUUGGCUAAGGAUUUAAAUCUAAAAGUGACUGAACUGGAGGCACAUAGGAUUCAGAUUGAAUCUGGAUCAUAUAAGAAACAUUUUGAGGUAAAUUUGAACACUGGCGUUCUCUUUGUUAGCGAAGCCAUAGACCGAGAGAAGCUUUGUCCCAAUAGCCUUAUUUGUACUGAAAGCUUGGAGGUUAUUGUUAAUAAUCCUUUACGAAUGUACAACGUUGAAGUAAAUAUAUUAGACAUUAACGACAACGCACCACAAUUUCCUGUGAAAUCACAGAUUAUUCGUAUUUCUGAGCAUACUUCACCUGGAGCUAGAUUUCCUCUGUCUACAGCUGAGGAUAUGGAUGUAGGGAGCAACUCUAUUGACGCAUAUAAACUCUCCACAAAUUCCUUUUUCAAUCUAGACGUACAUGCUGAGGCUGAUAGUGGUCCAUCAGCAGAGUUAAUUCUACAUAAAGCUUUAGACCGAGAGAAACAGGCUGUGAUCAAGCUAACACUGACUGCUAUUGAUGGAGGAAAGCCUCCCAGAUCAGGGAGCACAGAAAUCAUUGUCAACGUACUCGAUGCAAACGAUAAUGCCCCAGUGUUUUCCAAAGCCCUGUAUAAGGCAAAAGUCUUAGAGACUGCGCCCAUUGGCACUGCUUUUCUAAGGCUUAAUGCAACAGACCUAGACGAAGGCUUGAACGGUGAAAUAAUGUAUUUGUUCAGCAAACAAGGACAAAGGGGGGGUUAUGAUACAUUUGCAAUCAAUCAGAGAAAUGGGGAAAUAACAGUAGCAGGGCCUUUAGAUUAUGAGGUGACCAGUGCGUAUGAGAUUCGUGUAGAAGCCCAGGACCGAGGCCAUUCACCUCUGGCCUCACAUUGCAAAGUGUUGGUAGAGGUAGUUGACGUAAACGAUAAUGCCCCGGACAUCAAACUCUCCUCGCUUUUGGAGAGUGUGAGAGAGGACGCAAAGAAGGGUACGGCAAUUGCGCUAAUCACGAUUAUUGAUAAGGAUGGCGGUAAAAACGGGAAUGUGCAUUGUACCAUAUCUGGUGUCUCGCCGUUUCUAUUGGAGUCAUCUCAGGGUAAAUACUACUCCAUGGUCCUUGGAGAAACGCUGGACAGGGAAAUCAACUCUCAGUAUAAUGUCACCAUCAUAGCCAGAGAUGAAGGGACCCCUCCUCUGUCCAGUACUAGUAUUAUUACUGUCCAUGUUUCUGAUGUCAAUGACAAUGCGCCACGCUUUCCAGAAUCCAUUGUUAACGUGUUCUUAAAAGAAAAUAGUCCGGCAAAAUCUGUGAUAUCUGCUAUGACUGCGCUGGAUCCAGAUUCAGAAGCAAACGCUCAGAUAACAUAUCAUUUACUAGAUCCCAUAAAUAG